GAACUACGAGCUCGCCCGGAGCAGCCAGACCAUGGAGCGCUCCUGCCAGCCGGGUCGUGGGCUGCUAGCCCCGCCGCCUUCCUCGGGAGGCCCCCCAGCUGCGCCCGGUCUGCUCGAGGGCAGCAAGUGACUGAAGCAGGCGAGGAGACAACCAGGCAUGGCUGACCCUCUGCGUAGGACACUCUCCAAGCUGCGGGGCAGACGGUCGCAGCGAGGGGCGGCCGGCGCAGGAGAAGCCGCUGGGCACGUGAGCGGCGGCGCCCUUCAGUGCAAAGCCCAGCAGAGCUUGCGGACCCCUGGCAACGGAGCGGCAGGAGCGCCGGGCACUCUCCUCGGGAGCCAAGCUGGCUGCUAUCGGGUCCUCGUGUCGCCCUUGCAAGAGCCGAGGCUGUCGGAGUCGGCUGGUUGGUCCCGGAGGGGGAAGGUGGCGGUGCCUGAGGAAGAUCUGCCGGGAGCCACGGCCGCCUGCCCUUGCCCCACGACAUCCCGUCGAGAAGGGACAGCGCCGCCGCCGCCUAGCCCCCCGGGGCUCCGUGUGCCCCCCCCUCCUCCGGCCGAGCUCUGCUUCUCCGCCUCCGUUUUCCCGGGCGGCGCGGACUCUGGCUCGCCCGCGGAGAGGGCUGGCGGCAGCGAGGAGGAUGAUUACUACGAUAACCAGAGCCUACCUGGCUGGGGCGGCCAAGGAGCGUCUGGAGCGCAGGAAGAGGCGCGGGGGAACAAGUUCCGCGGCGGGGCCGGCAGCAGCCACAGGGCCGGGGCGCGGGAGAGCACGGGCAGACUGCGAAGCCAGCUGCAGGAGGCCUAUUACCUCCUCAUCCACGCCAUGCACGACUUGCCCCCGGCCAGCCCCACCGUCGCCGCCCGCUCGCCUCCGCCGACGGUCAGCUCUCCCUCCAGGCUUGUGGAGAGCAACGCGGUUUCGAGGAGGGAAGGGCUGCAAGCCGUCGAUCCCGGCAGCCCCGACUCAGUCAAGGGCCCUGCCUGGCGCCAGGGCAUCAGCAAGAGUCUGGAAAGCCUUGUCCCGGCCAAGCUUCUGCCCUUGCGGAGAUGCCGCAGCGACAGCGCGCUCCGCUCCCUGCUCCAAGAGCCGCUGGCGCCCGGGGGCCACCUGUUGCAGCAGGAGCCCGGCGCGAGGCGGGAAGCGGGUCCCCCCGCAGCUGCUGCCCGGCGCCCUGACGACAACAGCUGCCCGGGCGGCCGAGCUGCUUGUGGGGGGCCGCCCUCGGCGCUGGGGGACUGCGGGGAACAGCUGCCGCUCCGCAAGUUUGAGCCCCAGCCGGACACGGCCUUGGGCGAAGCUGGGGCCCUGGCAGCCACCGUGGUGGACCCGGCAGCUGCGGCGGGCGGCCAGAGCAGCCCGCGGCACCCCCUCGCACAUGGCCACGAGGGCCCCUUCAAGCCGCCUGCCGUGACCGUGCGGAAGCUCCAGAAGUGGAUGUACAAAGGCCGCCUACUCUCGCUGGGCAUGAAAGGCCGCGGCAGCGCAGCGGGGCCUGCCUCCCCUUCUCCUUCCAAGGCCAGCGGGACCCGCGGGCUGCUUCUAGGCAGAGAAGAGGGCUCCGCGGUUCCUUCUCCCGCCCACAUGAGGGGACCCUUCAGCAAAGCUCUAGUGUCCCCUUCCGACCAAAGAAUUUUGCUGACAGAUUUGAUUGAAAAUGUUUACAUACCCUCUGUGAGCAGAAGAGAACUUAAGAACUUUAAAUCUAAUGAAAUGGCUGAGUGCAAGCCUCGAAUUGCCAGCAUCACAGUGUCUAAGAAGCAAAAUUGGUUACAUCAGAGUUCUCCAAGAGCACCUAAUUUGAACAAAGGAAGUUCUUACAAGAAGAUUUCAGGAGAAACUCUCCAGGUACUCAAAUCUCCCAGUCCUGUGCUUGAUCCCCAAAUGCCUCAGACCUUUUCCAAACCUUUAGGGCAUGAAAACCCUAACAGAAGAGAUGGUUCUGUACAUGCUGCUGUGAAUGAAGCAAGCCCUUUGGCACUACAAAACCGAACUUUAAAAUUUGGUGAAGAUAAUGAUGCAGAUGAUGAAGGAGAAAUAUGGUACAAUCCUAUCCCUGAAGACGAUGAGCCUGACCUUGCUUGUUUUGUUCAUAAUAAUGCUGACAAUUCAGACUCUCCAGCCAUGAAUUGCAAGAUAUCCUCUCCAAAUGACUUGAUUAAAGUUGUAGUGCAUACGGAAGGUCUUCCACAGUCUUUCAGCUAUAUUGGAGAUGCUCAGCCCAGGGAAACUAGUCAAGUCAGUUGUGUACAUUCCAUAGAACAUUUGCAAGUACAGAAGCCAAAGCCUGCAUGUGGGUUUGUAACCGAGGAUAGUUCUACAUUAAAAGGUUCUACAGGAGGACCUGGAAUCUUGUCUGCAAGCAAAACUGAAACAGGAGCAGCUGAAUGUUCUCCUUCAAGUCCAAACCCUUCCAAAAAGGGUGGUUCAAUAAACUGGUCUUUCCCUGAUAAAAUAAAAUCCCCGAGGACUGUGAGGAAACUUUCUAUUAAAAUGAAAAAGUUACCAGAGCUCAGCAGGAAGCUGAGUGUCAAAGGAAAUUCAAGCCAUAAUAGCUCAGAGAAUUCUUCCUUGCUUAAAAAUAGUCAGGAUAUAGGCCAUGCAUCAUUGCCCUCUUCUGGGAAUAUAACAGCAGCUGCUAGCAGGAAUGUUAUAAGCCGGUAUCACCUUGAUAGCAGUGUGUCCUCCCAACACAACUACAAAAAGAAAAGCAAUGGGAGUUGCAAGUCCUCAAGCAAAGGAGGCUACCUCAGUGAUGGAGACUCCCCUGAGCUUAUAACAAAAUCAGGGAAACAUGCAGCUGAAAGCAGGGCUGGGAAAGGAAAGGAAGCAUUCCCAAACAAUAAUGGUAGUAAAGCAGAAAUUGACAUUGAUGCUUUCAGACAUUAUAGCUUUUCUGACCAGCCCAAAUGUUCCCAAUAUAUAUCUGGUCUCAUGAGCAUUCAUUUCUAUGGAGCUGAGGAUUUGAAACCACCACGGAUGGACUCAAAAGAUGUCUUCUGUGCAAUUCAGGUAGAUUCAGUUAAUAAAGCAAGAACUGCCUUGCUGACAUGCCGAACAACCUUUUUAGACAUGGACCACACUUUCAACAUAGAAAUUGAAAAUGCCCAGCAUUUAAAACUGGUGGUCUUUAGCUGGGAGCCUAUGCCAAGGAAGAAUCGGGUCUGCUGCCAUGGGACAGUAGUUCUUCCUGCUCUUUUUCGAGUGACAAAGACUCAUCAGUUAGCAGUAAAGCUGGAACCGAGAGGGCUUAUUUAUGUCAAGCUGACACUUCUGGAACAGUGGGAAAACUCUCUUAAUGGACUAGAUGGAGAACGAGAGCCAGUAAUAUUUGGUGUCGAUGUUCGGAAAGUUGUUGAAAAGGAAAAUGUAGGCUUGAUGGUGCCCCUCUUAAUGAAGAAAUGCAUUAUGGAGAUUGAAAAGAGAGGCUGCCAGGUUGUAGGCCUGUACCGUUUAUGUGGCUCAGCAGCUGUCAAGAAAGAGCUCCGAGAGGCAUUUGAAAAGGAUAGCAAAGCAGUUACUCUCUGUGAAACUCAGUACCCAGAUAUAAAUGUGAUAACAGGUGUCCUCAAGGAUUAUUUAAGAGAAUUGCCUUCCCCCUUGAUAACCAAACAACUCUAUGAAGCAGUAUUGGAUGCUAUGGUGAAAAACCCAUUGAAAAUGACAGCAAAUGGAUGUGAUAAUGACCCUAGUGAUUCUGAGCACACAGUGUCCCUCUUGGAUUGCCUGCCGGACAUUGAGAAGGCCACUCUAAAGAUGCUGUUGGACCAUCUGAAAUUGGUGGCUUCGUACCAUGAAGUAAACAGAAUGACUUGCCAGAACCUAGCUGUUUGUUUUGGGCCUGUAUUGUUGAGCCAGCGGCAGGAAACCACCAACCAUAACAACAGAAUAUUCAGUGAUUCUGAAGAACUUGCUAGUGCCUUGGAUUUCAAAAAACAUAUAGAAGUUCUACACUACCUACUUCAGCUGUGGCCAGUGCAACAUUCAGCUGCCAAAGAAUCUGCAUUGCCUGAACAGCAAUCCUCAGUGAACUAUCUGAGACCUAAGAAGCAACGGCCUCAAAUGCUGAACUUGAACAGUAGUGAAAUAUCAGGGAUACUAAGGUCCAGGCCAGCCAGAUUGGAUAGUCCUUCAAGUAACCGCUAUGCUGGAGACUGGAGUGGUUGUGGGGAGAACUACUUUGUAAACCCCAAAGAGGCUCUGAGUGAAGCAGACUAUGAUGAUGUCCCCUCAGAAGAUGCAGAAAGUGGAGAUGAUGGCAGCAGAGCAGAUGGUUCAGAUAAGCUAAUUGAGCAACCUAAUUGCAUGUCCAAAGAACAUACAUUUCAGGCCUAUUUGGCAAUGCAGACAAUGGAUUCUUCAGUAAACCACAAAGUAAACCUCAAAGACCUGCAGGAAAGCAUUGAUACUCUGAUAGGAAACCUGGAACGGGAACUCAAUAAAAACAAGCUCAAUAUUCGUUACUAAUAAUAAUCUUAUGCACGAUAUCUCUGGUUAGUAUAUCUUUUCCCCUGUUUCUGUCCCAAGAUUUUUUGAGGGAGCCGGGGGAUGAUCUUGACCUUGAUUGGAGUGCCUGUAUUUUAAUUGCAUUGUGCAGUGGUUAUGAUCCUCCAGUAGGCUUAGUGCCCUUUGAUUUUUUUUUUUUGCCUUUGAUUACACAAUGUUGCUUUUUGUCCUUUUCUUCUCAUCAAUCCUCUUGUUCUUUUGAAGAAGGGAUUGUCCCCUGCCCUAGGUUUAAAGUGGUAUGUUAGUGAAAAUGACUGUAAAAUUUCCCCUUCCCAUCUUCAAGGUACUAUGCACUUAUGAAGUUUAGACAGUUCAUGCAAGAUAUGCAAGGUAUCCCCUCUGUCUACAUUUCACAGGAAGAGCACUCCUUGUUCCUGAAACUUUAGCCAUGGUGUGGAUAUUCUCCUGGAAGGGAGGAUUAGUGUUGCUGCUUACAUGAUAAUUUGCAGCACAAAUUGUAGGUAGGUCGUGUUCUACCGUAUUUUGACACCUCUUCACUUGCAAUGCAAUAGCUGCUAUGAAAAAAUGCUUUAUAUAUAUAUUAUAUAUAUAUAUAUUUGAAAAGUUUGAUUGUACAAAUAUUAAUGUAUUCCUGUAUUAACACUUUCCAGCAAUUAUUUAAACCUGCAAAAAUGAAAUAUUUUUCUAACUUUGUUUUGUAUAUAUUUAUAUAUUAAUAACAUUGGGCUUUGAUUUCCCAUAGAUGUAACACCUAAGCUUGGAAGAAUCCUUGUAGGGCAUAGCAAUUUUCCCCCCCUCCAUCAACCAGACGGCUGCAUGGAUAGAUUGUGUAGGUGUGAAGCCAGGCUGUUAGGUGAAAUGUGAAGCCUAUUGGCCUUCUCUUUCCAUUAGGUAAGGGGACACAAGUCUGGCACAGGGACAGGGUUGUUUAUAUUAUAUGCUCUAUAGGAAUCUCUCUGCGCAUUGGUGCUACAACCUCUGAUAGACGUGGAGUAAGCGCUUUGUUAUAUAAGUAUUUUUGAAAAGUGUCAUAUUAGAUUUGAAUAAGAGUACCACUUCUAAUAGAAGUGCACAUUUUUGUGAUGCCAAAUUCAGGGGCUACCUAAGCAAAGGUAGAUGUCUUUGAGUAGAGGGGAAUUGACGAAUACCUGUUGAACCUGAAGGCUACAGCUCACUUUCUGUUUUUUUUAAAUGUGC